AUGCUUAGACAAGGAUUAAUCUACAAUUCAAUUCUCUAUCAGCUUAUAUUAUUAGCUGCGCUCUGCGUGACGAGCAGCUUUGCAGCUCCUGCUCCUGAGCCAGCUCCAGCUCCGGCUCCGGCUCCAGCGCCAGCUCCUGCGCCCAGCAUUGGAUUGGGACACGAUUAUCUUGGCUAUGGCGGCCUGGGAUUGGGCUUGGGCCUAGGACUCGGCCAUGGACACUACGGUGGCUAUGGACUCGGUCUAGGAUUGGGCUUGGGCUAUCAUUCGCCCAUCAUCAAGUCCAUUGGAGCGCCCAUUAUCUCGAAGACCAUCAUUGGCAAGAGUUAUCUGGGUGGCUAUGGACUGGGACACGGCUACCUCGGUGGAUAUGGACACGGUCUCUAUGGCCACGGAUUGGGCUUGGGCCUGGGACUGGGCUAUGGACAUGGCUAUGGCUAUGGCUGGUAGAGCACAGCUUACGUGGGGCGCUUUGAGAACGUGUGAGAGUUUUAAACAAGCCAUUGCUUAAGUGUUUACACAUCCAAAUAUUAACUAGAACUAAUCAUGCAAUCAGUCAGUCAAUCAGUUAGAGAUUCAUGCGAUCAAUCAUCUAUCGAAUACAUAUGU